UGGUUUUUUGAAGAGAAUGAAACAGAGGAUGUGUCGGUUGCAACGGUGUGGGAAGCACAUAAAGCCUACAUCAGAGAUAUACUCAUUGCAAUGGGGACAAAAAAGAAAAAAGAAAGGAGAGAAAAGAUAGAUAGAUUAUUAAAAUGAAAUAUAUGAUCUUGAACAGGUGCAUAAAAGGGAAAGAUCUAAGGAGAUAAUGCAGUUGUUAAUAAAGAAGAAAGAAGAAUUAGAGAAUGUAAUGGAGGAAAAUAACAUGGAGAAGUCUUUAAUAAGAU